GGCAGCAAUGCUGCAUGUCAGCCGUGUGUAACUCAACUUGAGCCAACCUGAUCUUCUUGACCCUCACAUUCAAACACAUUCAUCUAACUCAUAGCAACAGCUGCCCAGGAACCAGACAUCACAACCUCCUCCGAAUAUGAGCGACGCACAAGAAGUGAGGGCAAGAUGCCUUUGCGGCAAUUAUCAGCUGUCUCUCUCGGUUCCAAGGCACAAACUUCCUCUCACAGCAUCCGUGUGCCAUUGCGACAGUUGCCGUCAUGGAUCCGGAACUCUGUGCAUAGGUGCGACUUAUGUGCCAGAAAAGUGCCUCACUGCAGUACAGCAGUCGUUAUCAAAGCUCAAGGCUAGCGAGUGGUCAAGCCGUAGGACAACCUAUUUCUGCGAUACUUGCGGCAGUACUGUGAUUGGAAAGCUUGACGGCCAACUCUGGAUUUACACAGGAGCCCUUGAUCAACUGGAAGGUGUGGUUCAGAUUCAGCGUCAAAUAUUUGUCAAGGAUACCCUUGAUGGUGGCUUCAGUAACUGGCUCAAGGAGGAUUUGCCGAUCAAGACUCAUGCUACUCUGGACAACGAUCUGCCUGCAGGCUGGCUCGAGAAGAACUACCAAUCUACCAGCAAAGCAUCAGACCGACUACACGCACACUGCCUCUGCAAGGGUGUCGAGUUCUGGAUUGCUCGUCCAUUGGCGUCUUCUGCCGACCCAAGCAACCCCAGAUGCGACUUACAUUGGGAGAACCCUGAGCGUGGAGAUUACGACCCAAAAGACCCCUGGUGGCUCAAGGCCGACCGAACCAAGUUCCAUACAAUCGUCUGCGCUUGCGACUCUUGUCGUCUGGCCGCCAGCUGCGACUUUGUACAGUGGGCAUACGUUCCAACUACCGACAUCUCUCUUUCCGCCGACAGCAGUGUGCCCUUCUCUCACACAUUCGGUACUCUGAAAGGCUAUGGAUCAUGCAAGAGAGUGGUGAGAUACUUUUGCGGCGAUUGCGGUGCGAACGUUUUCUGGACUGGAGAUGACAGGCCUGGUCUUCUCGAUGUGGCUGUUGGUCUGCUACAUGCACCCGAGGGUUCUCUGGCGCAAGACUGGCUGGAAUGGCAAACCAACAGUGUUGAUUUCAAGGAAGAUGGUAUCCGCCGUGCAGGGACUCUUAUCAAUCACGUCGAAGGAGCACUUCAGAAGUGGGGCAGAGGUGACAAGGCAUAAAAUUAAGCUCUUUUGUGAAAGCGCAUAGUCACAAGAUUGGGACAAUCGGUCAGAUAUCUGCAUUGAGCAAAUGCUAGCAUGUCAAAAUGGAAAUUAUUCUCCGCCUUCCAAUCGCAACCAUCACUGCUCAUGAGCAAAAGAUGAAGC